GUACUAGUCGGUAGUUUGUGAUUGUUUGUCGUUGUCGAAAGGACUAGGUGCUCCGUUCUACUUGAAAAAAAGUUCAUUUUUAGAAUGAAGUGUUGAGUCAGUUGCAUAUUUGAUUAGUUAUCGACUAGUUUGAAAUUGGAUUUGCGGUGUAUGUGAUUCGUUUCGCAAACAACAUUUUUUUUUUCGUUUUUAAAAGAAUAUCAUCUUAGUUUUUUAUACUCAAUCGUCAUAAUCUGUUGGAACAAAUUUUGUUUCCUGUUCAAAAAAAUUCAAUCAAACACAUAAUUUGCUUUUAAUUUAACACAUAAUCAAAAAAAAAAAAAAUAAUGGAGCAACAAACCGUUGGAAGUGGAAUGGAUUUUUUAUGGAUCGGAGAUCCGCGCGUUGCUGAUUGGACGCUGAUGGGAAGCCCGUUGCCGUUGAUAGGCAUUUUAGCCACGUAUUUAUUCAUCAUAUAUCGACUUGGGCCCGCUUACAUGGAAAAACGGAAGGCGUACAACCUAAAGUGGCUUCUGGCAGUCUAUAAUUUGGCGCAAGUUGCGGUUUGUUGUCAUAUAAUCUAUGGCCUGUUGUCCAACGAAUUCAACAUCAUCAAAUUCUGGAAAUGUCAAAGUGUCGACUACAACGGUAGUCAAAAGGCGACCACACUACUCACAUUCGCAUACCAUACAUUCCUACUGAAAUUGGUUGAACUGGUCGAAACGGUAUUUUUUGUAUUGCGAAAGAAACAAAAUCAAGUAUCCAAAUUGCAUGUGUAUCACCACACAUCGACCGCUACUCUUGCAUGGAUUUUGGUCAAAUACACCGCAGGUGGCAUGAUUUUGUUCUCCGUGGUGCUCAAUUCAUUUGUGCACGUCAUCAUGUACAGUUAUUACUCUGCUGCAUUGUUCGGGCCAGAAAUUCAACGCAAAUUAAUCGGCAUCAAGAAAAACAUAACACUCAUUCAAAUGAUCCAAUUUACAAUCAUUCUCAUCCAAUGUGCACUUUCAUUGGCAAAGGGCUGCGACGUACCCAAAUUGUUGCUGGCCAUUUAUGUGCCUAACGUUCUUCUGGUAUUCUACAUGUUUUACAAUUUCUUCAACACGGCAUACAAGAAGUGCGAUCUAUCGAAGACAAACUAAAGAGAAGACAGAAGGACACUGCUCACACCCCGCCAGCAUUGCUGCGUGCCUAUCAAUUUAAGGAUUAGAUUUAAAUGAUACAAUACCAAAUUAUUCUGUGUCUAACUCACUUAUAUAUUUUACAUAAUUUAUUAAAAAGUUAACGAUCUGCUUGAAUUCAAAAA